UUUGCAGCUUUAUUGCACUCACUCACUCCCCCACCCUACCUCACAUGGGCCAGCCAAGUUGCCAAGUCAUAGAGUGUGUGCACCAAUGUGCUUAUCUAAUCGCUAUGGAGUUUCCAUAUCAGCUGGGUGAACACUUUCGUCCUGGGAGGUAAGCACACUUAGCUUUUGGUCUCCAGCUGGGAUAAAUUGGCUGCACAUCGCUCCUGUUCAUACCUCAGGAAGAAGAAGACAUGGCACCAACACUGUUUGACCAAAGUCCGAAGCCAGGGGACCUUAUUGAGAUCUCCCGUGGAACAUAUGAGCACUGGGCAAUCUACAUCGGUGGAAAUGAAGUUGUUCAUAUGAUUCCCCCGAUGAGCGAUGAUUCAAGCACUAUUAAUCACCUGCUGAUGCUCCUGGACAGCCACAAGGCCGAGGUGAGGCGCGAGAAGAUCUGGAAAGUGGUCGGCCCCCAUAGUUAUGAAAUCAACAACUUGCUAGAUGACCAGUACGAACCUCGGGAGCGUCACGCCAUCGUGAGGGACGCGUGUAGGAUGGUGGGUCAGGAGCUUCCGUACUCCGUCACCAGUCACAACUGUGAGCACUUUGUCACGGAGCUACGAUACGGCAGGCCAGAGUCGAGACAGGUUAACAGAGCAGCUGUGAUCGGAGGUGCAGCUGUACUGGGUGUGGGGAUUCUGGCUGCAGGAGCCGUUCUGCUUUCCGCCUUGUUUAAGGAUAACGAAGAAGGAAGGACACAUCGCAAGUGAGACGGAAGAAAUGAUAUUGACAAUGCUUCAGUCAGUUCACCUGCACAAACUUAAUGUCAAAAUGUCGAAUGUACUUUACACGCUUUCUAUGGCUGUUAAAACCUUAUGUUUGAUAUGGAUGUUGGUAUAUAUUCACUUUAUGGCUUUCUGAAAUGUAUGUUACAAUAAACAACUUAGAAUUAAACCAAAAAAAGUGAAGUAAUCUUAUCUUAAGACUUGAAUCUUGAACUUUAACUGUAUCUUUAAUUAUUUGUGUUUUGGACCAGUGAUUUUAAACUGUAUUGUCUUCUGCAAAAAUAAAUGGAAAUCAUUACAGGAAACUGAA